CGUGGCUACAGACGCCCAAAACCUGUACACACGUUCCCACUGCACCAUGUACCGAACGCUCCGGCCUCUCGCGCGCUUGCGUUGCCUCCUGCAGGAUCCAGCCUCAGGGUCAACUCCAGGCGUGGGUGGCGCGGCAAUCUUCCCACUCUGGUCUCACAGCGCCGCUCGAAUGAUCCCAGUUAUUAAAGCUUUCGGCAUCUUGAAGCGAGCAGCUGCUGAAGUUAACCAGGAUUAUGGUCUUGAUCCAAAGAUUGCGACUGCAAUAAUGAAGGCAGCAGAUGAGGUAGCUGAAGGUAAAUUGAAUGAUCAUUUUCCUCUUGUGGUGUGGCAGACUGGGUCAGGAACGCAGACAAAUAUGAAUGUAAAUGAAGUCAUUAGUAACAGAGCAAUUGAAAUGUUAGGAGGUGAACUCGGCAGCAAGAAACCUGUUCAUCCCAAUGAUCAUGUAAAUAAAAGCCAGAGCUCCAAUGAUACCUUUCCCACAGCAAUGCACAUCGCUGCUGCUAUAGAAGUCCACGAAGUGCUCUUACCAGGACUGCAGAAGCUACAUGAUGCUCUCGGUGCCAAAUCCAAAGAGUUUGCGCAGAUCAUCAAAAUAGGGCGGACUCACACUCAGGAUGCUGUUCCGCUUACUCUCGGGCAGGAAUUUAGUGGUUAUGUGCAGCAAGUGCAGUAUGCGAUGGCGAGAAUCAAAGCUGCGAUGCCGAGAAUCUAUGAGCUUGCAGCGGGAGGCUUGCCUUUUGUCACUGCUCCAAAUAAAUUUGAAGCUCUGGCUGCUCAUGAUGCUCUGGUUGAGCUCAGUGGAGCCAUGAACACCACCGCUUGCAGUCUGAUGAAGAUAGCAAAUGAUAUUCGUUUUCUGGGUUCUGGUCCUCGGUCAGGUCUGGGAGAGCUGAUCUUGCCGGAAAAUGAACCAGGAAGCAGUAUCAUGCCAGGCAAGGUGAACCCUACUCAGUGUGAAGCGAUGACCAUGGUCGCGGCCCAGGUUAUGGGGAAUCACGUUGCUGUCACCGUUGGAGGCAGCAAUGGACAUUUUGAGCUGAACGUUUUUAAACCAAUGAUGAUUAAAAAUGUAUUACACUCAGCCAGGCUUCUGGGGGAUGCUUCAGUUUCCUUCACUGAAAACUGUGUGGUGGGGAUCCAGGCCAACACGGAAAGGAUCAACAAGCUCAUGAAUGAGUCUCUGAUGUUGGUGACAGCUCUUAAUCCUCAUAUAGGGUAUGACAAGGCAGCAAAAAUUGCUAAAACUGCACACAAAAAUGGAUCAACCUUAAAGGAAACUGCUAUUGAACUUGGCUAUCUCACAGCAGAGCAGUUUGAUGAGUGGGUAAAACCUAAGGACAUGCUGGGUCCAAAGUGAUUGAAAUACGUUUAUAAUAACAAUAAACUUAUGUUAAAAUUUUAAAACGGGCUCUGUAUUUUUCUAAAUAAAAAAGGCUGCAUUUGAAAGGAUACUGUUAGACCUGCGAAUCUCUAGCAGAGUAAUUGGAUCAGA